ACAAAAGGAACAAGCUGUUGAAUGGUAUAAGAAGGGAAUUGAAGAACUGGAAAAAGGAAUAGCUGUCUUAGUAAUUGGUCAAGGUGAUCAGUGUGAACGGGCUCGACGUCUCCAGUCUAAAAUGAUGACAAAUUUGGCAAUGGCCAAGGAUCGGUUGCAGCUUUUAGAGAAGCUGCAGGCAGUUUUGCAAAUUUCCAAGCCGCAAAUGGAGGUCUAUAAUGACAGUACUAACCUGGCAUGCCGCAAUGGACAUCUCCAGUCAGAAAGUGGAGCAGUUCCAAAAAAGAAGGACCCCUUAACACACACGAGUAAUUCCCUUCCUCGUUCAAAGACUGUUGCAAAAACCGGAUCCACAGGCCUUUCAGGUCACCACAGAACACCCAGCUACAGUGGGGUAUCAUCAUCUGUGUCUAGACCAGCACCUAACUCUACACCUUCAGCUCACAAGGCUGCUCCUAAAAAUAGCAGAACAAAUAAGCCUUCUACUCCUACCACUGCUCCUCGGAAAAAGAAAGACACAAAGAUAUUUAGAAAUGUGGACAGCAAUCUUGCUAAUCUUAUCCUAAAUGAAGUUGUUGAUAGUGGGCCAGCUGUCAAGUUUGAUGAUAUCGCAGGACAGGAGCUGGCUAAACAAGCUUUGCAAGAAAUUGUUAUCCUUCCUUCUCUUAGACCUGAGUUAUUUACAGGUCUGAGAGCUCCUGCACGUGGUUUAUUGCUAUUUGGCCCACCAGGAAAUGGGAAGACAAUGUUGGCCAAAGCAGUGGCUGCAGAAUCAAAUGCUACUUUCUUUAACAUCAGCGCAGCGAGCCUGACUUCAAAAUAUGUGGGCGAAGGAGAGAAACUGGUGCGUGCUCUAUUUGCAGUAGCCAGAGAACUUCAACCUUCUAUAAUUUUUAUUGAUGAAGUUGAUAGCCUUUUGUGUGAAAGAAGAGAAGGUGAACAUGAUGCUAGCAGGCGUCUAAAAACAGAAUUUUUAAUAGAAUUUGAUGGUGUGCAGUCUUCUGGAGAGGACAGAAUACUUGUGAUGGGAGCAACAAACAGGCCUCAGGAGCUUGAUGAUGCUGUUCUCAGACGAUUCACCAAACGGGUAUAUGUGUCUUUACCAAAUGAGGAAACAAGAUUGAUUUUGCUAAAAAAUCUUCUAAGCAAGCAAGGAAGUCCAUUAACCCAAAAAGAGUUGGCUCAACUAGCUAGAAUGACAGAUGGAUACUCUGGAAGUGACCUAACUGCAUUAGCAAAGGAUGCAGCCCUAGGCCCCAUUCGAGAAUUAAAACCAGAACAGGUGAAGAACAUGUCUGCCAGUGAGAUGAGAAAUAUCAAGCUGUCAGAUUUCACAGAAUCUUUGAAGAAGAUCAAGCGCAGUUUGAGCCCUCAGACCCUGGAAGCGUACAUUCGCUGGAACAAGGACUUUGGAGAUACCACAGUGUGAGACACUACUUGAACUGAAACUGCUGCCUGGGGAGCACUUGGUGCAGACGACUGGGAAGCAGCCAGAGUUUACAGGACUACUUCGCAGAUAUUUAAGUAUCUGCAUUAAAACUUGAGAUUAAGAGAAAACUCUACAGUGUGAAAUGUGUUCAUCAAAGCCUCCUUGCCAUUUAGUGAGGAUUUACACACUGUAAGUAAGAGCACAACAGGACUUGAGAAAAGAUUCCUAGCAAUCCGAUUCUGGUUUGAACAUUAAUAUAUGUAUAUUGUUUCUGCUACAAGGCCCUGAUGAUACUGAUCAUUGGAGGACCUUUCCCUAUGUUGUGUG